AUGCUCAGCUCCUUCUUAUUAGCAAAAGCGUCCACAAAGGGCAAGGAAUAUGCCGUAGAUUCCGCUUUAGAUGCACUUUUCACCUCCAACACGAAGCACACUAUCACAGUACCAGAGACUGAGGCAGAAACAACUAAAAUCGACAAUCAUUCAGCGUCGACCACUAAGAGAAAGCGCGACACCGUUCAAAGUGCUGUUCCGAUUAAAAAACGAAAACGAGAUCAACCAGAGGUGGCCCCUCAUCCAAAAGGGCCGAACACUAUCCGCGCAUCUAGAAAAGAUGAAGAAGAUGUGAGAUCUUCCUCUGAACCUGUCGAAGAGAAGGAGUUCAGGAAAGGAAAAGCGGUAAGGGUCAUCAAGGUGACGGACGAUAUCCAGGAGCUAGGGGAAAGAUAUUCGAAGCAGACGCUACAUACCCCGAAAUCUAAAAGAGGCAUAGAGAAAGGCCUAACAUACCCUCCCAAGGUCACCUCCGUCGAAAACAGGGUUGUACCCGCCGUGGAAAGCGAUUCUAGCGAAUCAGAAGACGGCCACCAAGGACUGGUUCACGAAACUGUGUCAAAGUCUGGUGCUGUCAAGAUUCCCAAAGAGAGGAGGUUAGCCUAUGUUCCAGACGGCGAAACCAAGGAACAGCGUGAAGAAAGGACGGUUUUCGUAGGGAAUUUACCUCCUGAAGUGGUCAAAUCCAAGCCCUUGCAGAAAUCUCUGAAGCGCUGCAUAACUGGUCCCUUAGCGGACCUAGGCUCAGGAAUCAAAAUCGAAUCUAUUCGUUUCCGAUCGGUUGCCUUCAAGGCACCAACAAAUCCGCAGGCGCUCAAAGAGUCUGAGCCGACCGAGGGCAGUACACGAAGGAAGGAGCGGGCAGCUGCUUGGAGAAAAACUAAGCAGGAGGAAGAGGGUGAAGAACUAGAGCAGCCAAAAGAAUAUCUAACUCCUGCGGAGAAGAAGCGGAUAGCGUUCAUCAAGGGCGAACUUCAUGAUCAAGCGGCAUCUGUUAACGCCUACAUCGUUCUUGCUCACCCACAUCCAAACUCAAAGGAGCUGGCUGGCAUGAAUCCUUACGAGGCUGCAAAGUUAGUGGCGCGGACCAUGGACGGAAGCUCUUUUGAAGGAAGGACCCUACGGGUGGACAGGGCUUCCAGAGGGGAUAUAGGGCAGGAUCGGGAUCCAGCAUCCACCAUCUUUGUCGGAAGUCUCGACUUUAACGCCAAGGAAGAGGACUUGCGCGCCUUUUUCGAGACCCUACUUGCAACUGAACUCGGUCCCCCUUCGGCCAAGGUAGACCCUGAGGAUAGUGGAGAUGAUUCCGACGAAUCCAGCGAUGAUGGUGAUCAGGGAAUUAGGGGAAAUGGCCAAGCAAAGUGGGUUCGUAGCGUUCGCAUUGUCCGGGAUAAGGAUACGCAGCUGGGCAAGGGAUUCGCAUACGUGCGUUUUUCGGAGCGCACUUGCGUCGACGAAGUAAUGGCGAUGGAACCCACCAAGCUCAAGUUCGCCAAGCGCAAGCUGAGAGUUGAUCGGUGCAAGACUGCACCCUCGGGGUCAAAGACCUCGAUGAGCACACCCAAAAGAGACACCCGUCAAAAACGCCAUGUCGAGAAGCCGGUGGGCAAGAAACUUCGAGGCGAUCCGUCUCUGGGUGAGAGAUUGAAGGGGUUAUCCAAAGAAGAGAGGCGCGAAGCAAAGAAGAAUGACCCUACGAGGCAAGCUCGGCGGAUGGAAAAGAAGAAAGCUCGAGCCGUUCUGGAGAAGGAUCUCAGCAAGGCAGAUAAAAGUAGAGUCCGGGAGCGGAAAGUCAGAAGUAUUUCAAAGUCGAAGGACAAGCCAAAAAGGAAGUACGGCAAAUCUUCGAAGUCAUGA